UUCUACCUUUUUUCUGAAAGUUGCUCUUGCUCGAGACUUGCUAUGGCUUCUACAACUGCAACUAUAGACCAUGCCCUUCACAAGGAGCUAGAGAACGAUGAGGUACGCCGGUGGCGUAGUGCCAAUGGACAAGAGGCUACGAUGCGCUCCUACGGAGGAAACCCGCUGGCUCACAUGAAUACGGGGGAAUCAGCCAGAUAUGCUGCCUUUGGAGGAGAGUUCCAGCCAGGUCUCUACAAACCUACCACUAGCCGGAAGUUUGGCAACCCCGCUCCUCUCGGACUGAGCGCUUUUGCCUUGACCAGCUUCGUUCUCUCUCUCAUCAACGUCCAGGCCAAGAACGUUACUGAGCCUAACAUUGUCGUUGGGUUGGCAUUUGGAUAUGGUGGACUUAUCCAGUUGUUAGCUGGCAUGUGGGAGAUGGCUAUAGGAAACACCUUUGGUGCCACUGCACUAUCGUCGUAUGGCGGCUUUUGGAUGUCCUUUGCUAUCGUUUUCACCCCUGGCGGCUUCGACAUCAAAGCUGCAUUUGAUGGGGGAGACGCCAACGACUUCGCCAACGCGUUUGGCUUCUUCCUCAUCGGUUGGUUCAUCUUUACUACUUUAAUGCUCCUCUGCACUCUGCGCUCUACCGUCGCCUUCUUCCUGGUGUUUUUGACUGUCGACCUGGCCUUCCUGAUGCUCGCUAUUGGAUACCUAAAUGCCGAGGGGGGCGAACCAAAUGCCAACUGUAUUAAGGCUGGUGGUUACUUUGGUCUCAUGACUGCCUUUAUGGCGUGGUACAAUGCGUUCGCUGGUAUUGCAGAUAGCAGUAACUCCUUCUUCGUUGUCCCCGUUGCGCAUUUCCCAUGGUCUGCCAAGGCCCGCGAGAAGGCAGCCAGCGAGUCAGAGCGCGAGAGCGUUUAAAACAAUCCUCCGAUUUGAAGAACAAACUGACAUCGCAAAAAAAAAAUGCAGCAUUUGCGAAACCUACAUACGGAUGCGCCUAAUUGGGGGUCGAACCACCAUCAUCGACUAGCAAAGGCACGCUUUGACCAGACUCGGGAAAGCCAGUACCCUUGAAGUCUCUUAGUUUUGCAAUUUGUUAUGAGCAUGGGAUAUCUCACAGUCCUAACACUUGGCCUCAACCUUGUAGAGUCGUUCAGUGGCACCUAUAAUCUCUUUUUUUGCUCUCACAGGCUGCUGUUGUUUUUGGCACUGGCGAUGCCCCUAACCUAGCAAAUUGAGAACGAAGCCACUCAUUAUCGCCAGGUAUCAUUGUGGGCAGUUAGAUGUAGCGAGAACUGAAGGGACAGGAAUUUUUGAUUGAGGAGUGAAAGCGACAGGAACUGCAGAAAUAUAAAAAAAGAGAAGAGAGAGUUUAGAAGAGCGUUCAGCGAUAGAGGG